AUGAGAAUUGAGGUGCCCCAAAAUCAAACAACUAUCUUAGGCCUUCUCCUAACUUUUUUGGUUGCUUUUCAACUAAAAUCAUUCGGUGAUAUCAAGUUGGGGAUUACUGGAUUAGGAAGAGCAAAACAGGGAACUUAUGUCAUGGUAACAGCUUGGGCUAGAGAGACACAAGUGGAUGAUAGGCUUGGACUCCUUAUAGCAGUGGCAACUGGCAAGCUCAAUAUCAAGAAGCUAUCUCUGUUAUCUAUGCAUGAGCUGAGAGGACUGCUGACUAGACCUAGAAAGAGAAAGGGCACCACUGAUCAGUAA